GUAUUAGUGCUGUUUCCGGUAGAAGGUGUUGUAAUGGUUGUGCUUGUUCUAUUUAGCUAAGCCCAGAUCGGGGACUUGCACUGAUACAUUUGAACAUCGAACAAAUUGAGGAGAAUAUUUAUGUAAAAUGGGUUCUAAGGCAGAAUUGGCAUGCGUUUAUUCAGCUCUAAUUUUGGCUGAUGACGAUGUAGCGAUAACAGGCGAGAAGAUCCAGACGAUUCUUAAGGCCGCGGCAGUAGAUGUGGAGCCAUACUGGCCAGGACUCUUCGCUAAGGCGUUGGAAGGCAUCAGUGUCAAGGAUUUAAUUACGAAUGUUGGCUCAGGUGUUGCCGCUGGACCGGCCCCUGGAGGAGCUCCUGUUCCUGCAGCAGCUGCAGAGACUGCACCUGCUGAGAAGAAGGAGGAAACAAAGAAGAAGGAAGAAUCUGAGGAAUCUGAUGAUGAUAUGGGCUUUGGUCUGUUUGACUAAUUCCAAAGGUAAUUUGACAAGAAACUUUUUAUUUUUGUACAGUUCUGUUGUACUUUGAGAAGAGUGGUAAUAAAAUAUUGGGUUUGGUAUCCACAUUUUCCUCCUUAA